UCUUCACCAGCAGAUAGCAACACAUGCGUCAAUUCCAAAUUGAGUAGAAUUGGGUUAGGAUAUUCAUACAAUAAUACUUUGUCGUUUGGUUGAUUUUUGAUCCAUUAGAAUUUUUCAGUGUUGAAAAAUUUUAGCCAGUGAUAGUAUUGUGAUAAUUUACUGUAACCGUUAAUAGCUAAAAGAUGUUGAUAAAAGUGAAGACUCUCACAGGAAAAGAGAUUGAAAUAGAUAUAGAACCCACGGACAAGGUAGAGAGGAUUAAAGAAAGAGUGGAGGAAAAAGAAGGAAUACCACCACAGCAACAGCGAUUAAUAUUUUCUGGCAAACAGAUGAACGAUGAGAAGACGGCGCAAGAUUACAAGGUCCAAGGAGGUUCAGUACUGCAUUUGGUACUUGCAUUAAGAGGAGGUUGUGCAUACAACAUGCCUCGUCUAUAAAUUAGGGAGGAUAUGAAAGACUUAUGAAACUAACAGGAGAGAAAAACGAAAAAGCAGCAUGUUUAUGAUCGGUAUAUGCGCAUUUAUUCACGCAAAAAGAGCAAAAUCUAUGUUAUUCUGUAAAGAGUAACGUAGAGUGGCUACGUGACACAUUUAUAAUCUAAAUAAAUAUUUAAUAAAAUAAUUUAGUCAUUAAUAA